CCUGCAGAGCUGACAGUCAGUGCACCUGUUGCACCUCCCAGGCUCGCUCUGCUUCUCUUCCCUCCUCCUGUCCCUCUCUCUUCCCCUACUUUUCUCCUUGGCAGUGCCGAAAGGCAGCGUACGGCCGCACCAUGGAUCCCAACGAGGCCGGCGGGGGUGAGAAGGAGAAGGACAAAGAUAAGGAGAAAGUGAUAAAGAGGAGGAACCGGCCUGUGUUCCUGCGGUACCUGGAGAGGAGGAGGACGGACACUAUUGUGGCUGAGGAUUCGGCCAAAGGUGACUUCAACCUGGGGACGCUGGUGAGGAGGAGCCAGUCUGACAAGACGGAGUACAGCGCUAAACUAAAAGAGAAAAUGACACCCCACGACCUGUCGACGCCCCCCUCUCCAGCUCUGGACCCAGAGGAGGUGCGUUUAAGGAAGAUGAGCCGCAGGGCGAAGGUCAUUCAGGAGCUGGUGCAGACUGAGAAGGACUACCUCACAGACCUGGAGCUGUGCAUCAGAGAGGUGGUCCAGCCUCUACGCAACAUGCAGGUUGUGGAUGUAGACCGGCUGUUCACCAACACAGAGACGGUGUGUGAAGUGUCUGCAGCUCUUCUUCACAGACUGCAUAAGGCCAUCGCUGACCCUGAUCCCGAGGCGGUCGUCAUAGGGGAAAUAUUCAUCCAGGCAAAGGCAGCGUUAGAAGAUGUAUAUAAGAUUUACUGUUACCAUCAUGAUGAUGCUAACAUGUCCCUCAAAUCCUAUGAAGAAAAUGAAGACAUUAAGAAACAUUUCACCACAUGUGUAUUAGCUCUGAAGAAAAUCUACGACCUAGAAGGGAAACCCAACCUGCUGAACAUGGGUUCACUGCUCAUCAAGCCGGUGCAGAGGAUCAUGAAGUACCCUCUGCUGCUCGGGGAGCUGUGGCACGCCACGCCUCAGGACCACCCGGACCAUCAGCCAUUGCAGGAGGCCUACACCGCUGCUAAGAUCAUCAACGUGAACAUAAAUGAGUUCAAGAGGCGCAAAGAUAUCGUUAUGAAGUAUAAGAGGUCGGAUGAUGAAGGCACACUGAGGGGGAAACUGAACAAGUUCAACAUCCACUCUAUCCGGAAGAAAAGCGACAGGUUUGCAGGCUAUCUCAAGAUCCUCACUGGAGUAGAGCCACAGGUGAGAGAUGAAGUAUUUGACCGAGAGGAGAAGCUGUUCAGGAGUCUGGAGAAGGCUGUGAGGCAGCUGGCCAAGAAUGUCCAAUUUUACCUGCUGCACAUUCAGGUAAGUACAGAUAUUAGCAUGCCUGACCACAAAGAGUGUGUUCUUUUAAAGUUUCUGAUGUGUGUUCUGCAGGAGAUGGUAUCUGUUGCUGUUCAGAAAGUACAGGACAUGGAGGACAUGAUUAAGGAUCCAAACAAAAAUGACAUAAACGGCUCAUUGCACCAUAAUGGAAAUGACCCUUAUAAGCACUUUAAAGACAGUAUGGAGCGCUCGGUCCUCGCCCCCCUCUCCUCCCUGCAGGGCAUGUUCACAGCCCCACAGAAGCUCAUCCAGAAGCGCUAUGACAAAUUACUGGAUUACUGCAGCCGCCUGGAGCGCUCUUCCUCCUUUUCAUCCUCAUCCUCGUCGUCCCCUACUUCUUCCUCUACUUCACUGGCGUCAGAAGACCCGCCCGGUCCCGCCAAAAGGGACUAUGAAGCCAUCAAUGCUCUGCUAGUGGAGGAGUUGGAGAGGUUCAACAAGGCAGCCUAUCACAUCCUGACCAACUGUGUGCUGCACAUAGUGACCCUGCUCAGAGGGCUGAUGGAUAAAAUAUUACUUCGUGCCCCGUCCAUACAGCAGCUACCGGCGCCAUUGUCAAACAUUACUGAGGUUCAGAACAGCAUCAUGGAUGAGCUGAACAAUCUGACUUUUGUCAAUGAUAACGCUCAGAAGUUGAUGGAGCGAAAAGUCAGCUUUGAGAGACAACGAGACAAGAAAAUAACGGUGCCGGAGGUGCAGCAUCAAACCGAGGAACAGCGAGGCUGGCUGCUGGCAGAAUAUCCAACGAGCCAUCUGUACCUGCUGAAGAGGAAGUGUAAUGGCUGCCAGGAGCAGGACCUCAGCCUGCUGGAGGGGGAGCUGGUGGCCCUGCUGGAGGACACGGACCCUCUGGGCAGCAGCAGCCGCUGGCUGGUUCACACUGGAGGUUCACAGGGCUACGUGUACUCCACCUUCCUGAAGCAGUACAACCCUCUGAGGGAUUCCCAGAGGAAAAGCAAGAUGGCCAGAGAGCAGCAGCAGCAGCAGCAGCAGCCGGCGGCCAUGGUGGACGAGGACUUUGACGACAUCAGCCUCUUCGUGUCGGGCAGCGGCAGCAGCAGCCUGCGCAGCUUCAACCUGAACACCACCGACAGCGGCUCCACCCUCUCCGGGUUACAGGGGGAGUCAGAGAGUCCCGAGGACCUGGAGGACACCUCGGACGCAGAGGCUCAGCAGUUCUAUGCUGUGUAUGCGUUUCAGGCGCGCUGUGACCAGGAGCUGACCCUGCAGGAGUACCAGCACGUCCGCAUCCUGAAGUUCUCGGACCUGGGAGGCAAUAAGGACUGGUGGUUAGCUGAGGCUAACGGACAGAAAGGAUACGUCCCUGCUAACUACCUUGGCAGGAUGUCCUAUGCAUAAGAAGGAAAAGAAUCCAUGAAGAAAACCAAACCAAACUGUAGCAAUUAAAACAAACAUGUUUACAGUUUAAAGAAAUAGCUGUAAAACAUGUACUGCUUUGUAAGAGUCAAAUUAGCCCUAGGUAUCUAUGUCUCAUACCAACAGUGUUGAUGUUUAGCCUUGAGAAGCUCAUAUGAGCUCAGCAAUAGGACUUGACCUAUAAUCUGUGAUGAAUAUAAAUAAUGGUAGGAAAACACAAGGCACUGUGCCGAGCACUUUUUCUACUUCAGUGUUGUAGAGUUUAUAUCAAAAUGAAGUGAUUUAUACAUGAAGUUAAUUUUAAAUGUGAAUUGAUUUACAGAUGAAGUAAAUGUUAUAUGUGAAAUGAAGUAUAUAUAUAUAUAUAUUUAAUGUGAAUGUAAAAUGAAGAAAUCUAUCGUCAUGCUUUAUAUUUUAACAAUUGUCUGUAAUAAAUAUGAUCUGUUCUCCA